AACAGUUUCAGUCAUUGUCCUGCCACUCGCAGCCCUCGUAGGAGCCCAGAGGGAUGGUCAUGGUGGACCUGCUGGUGUGGUGAAAACUGGGAGUUUAUGGGAGGUGACAAGGAUUAAAGAGUCACCAGGGAGUGCCUUGAAAGCUUGUCGGAGGAAACACUACAGGGGACAAGGAGGAAUUAUGUCCACUGUAAGGCCCCAGGAACCAUCAAAGGAGGAUGAGGAGGAGGAGGAAGAUGAGGAGCAAGGGGAGAAGUUUGAGUUUGACGAUAGUGCUGAUGAGGGGAUUCUUCCGGCGGGAAAUAAGGAUAUCUCCUUAGACUCUGCUGACGUUGCCCAGGCGCCUACAGAGACAAAAGCUGUUGAGUUCUCCACACUGGAAGAAUCGGCAACUUUCACAAAAGAAGACGUAGCAAAACCUUUUAACCUGCAACAAAACCGUCCUGCUACUCCACCUCCUGCUGGGCAGGAGGCAAACUCCUCUGAAGAUGUAGCCUCUAUCUCCACUAAAGAUGUUCCAGUUAGCGUUUCAUCCAGCGGGGCCUCCGUAGUGACUGAACCCGGUACUUCAGCUCCUUCUGCAGGAGAGGACCUUCGGGGGCCUCCUGGGGAACUCUCUGCCAUGGAGAAGAGAGUUGAUUUGGGAGACCAUGGAAAAGACACGGUCAAGGAGAACUCCAGCCUGGGGGACCUCACUGAAGCAGGUGUGGCUGAAGUAGAGGCACACACAGAGAGUCCCGAGGUGAUCUAUGAUAAUGUGCCCAAUGAGGAGCUCCUCUCUCCUGAUGAAGGAGAUAUCUAUGAAGAUGUUCAGAGAGAUGGAGCUCCUCUGCCAGCGGACAACGGAUGGAGUUCCAGUGAGUUUGAGAGCUACGACGACCAGUCUGAUAAUGAGAGCAAACUGCCGACACGGAGCAAGCUUUCCCCAGAAGUGCAUCGGCUGAGGGAGCGGUGUGUCAGGACCAAACGUGAAUUGGCCAUGAAGCUGGCUGGCAGGCACAACUAUGACAUCAAGGUUCAGCAACUCAUGAAGGCAGCAAAGAGCGGAACGAAGGAUGGACUCGAGAAGACCAAAAUAGCCGUCAUGCGAAGAGUUUCAUUUCUCCACAAAAAAGACCAAUCGGAAGAUCAAGAGGAUGAUGCAGGGUACCUGGAUGUAGCGGUGUCAGAGGUCAAGCAUCCUCCUCCACAGCUGAGUCCCAUGCCAGAAGGUCUCACCAGCCAGCAGGUUGUCAGACGCCAUAUCCUGGGCUCCAUCAUUCAGAGUGAGCGCAGCUACCUGGAGUCUCUCAGGAGGAUCCUGCAGGAAUACCACAGACCCUUGAUGGAAGCGGAUCCACGGAUACUUAGUCCACGAAAGAUCCGACCCAUAUUCUACCGGCUGAGAGAGAUCACACAGUGCCACUCCAUGUUUCAGAUUGCACUGGCGUGUCGUGUGGCUGAGUGGGACAGCAGUGAGAAAAUUGGAGACUUAUUCGUUGCCUCGUUUUCCAAGUCUAUGGUGCUUGAUGUUUACAGCGAUUAUGUGAACAACUUCACCAAUGCCAUGGCUCUCAUCAAAAAGGCAUGCAUGUCCAAACCAGCUUUUCUGGAAUUCUUGAAGAAGAAGCAGGCAUCCAGUGUUGACCGAAUCACUCUGUAUGGCCUGAUGGUGAAGCCCAUUCAGAGAUUCCCUCAGUUCAUUCUGCUCUUGCAGGACAUGUUGAAAAAUACACCAAAGGGUCAUGUGGAUCGUCUGCCUCUGCAGCUGGCUCUGACAGAGUUGGAGAUGCUUGCUGAGAAGCUAAAUGAACAGAAACGUAUAGCCGACCAGAUUGCGGAGACUCAGCAGCUAGCACGCAGUGUCAGUGAUCGCCUGCUUAGUAAGCAACUGAACUCAGAGCAGGGGUCACUCGUGCUUUGUGAAACACUGAUUGAGACUGUGUACGGCGAGCGGGGGCAGGUCCUGAAGUCUAAGGAGAGAAAGGUCUUCCUCUUUGACGAUGUACUCAUCUGUGCCAAUAUAAAUGUCAAGGGUCCUCCCGACAUCAGCAGCCUUGUCCCCAUCGGCCCCAAGUACACGAUGAAGUGGAGCACCCCCCUGCAGCAGGUGCAGGUGGUGGAGGUGGGACAGGAAGCCUCUCAGAACAAGGAGACCCUCUUUCAACAGAGCGGAGCCAAGUGGCUUGGUGGUCCAUCUGCUUCAGGUAAAGCAAUCCUGGGGCCUCCACGGCUCUACCAGGAACUCCAGGAACUCCAGCAUGACCUUUCUGUGGUGGAGGAGGUCACUCUACUGGUGGGCACGCUGCAGGGGACCUACCAGAAUCUGAAUACCACUGUGGCCCAAGAUUGGUGUCUGGCUCUCCAAAGACUUAUUCGCAUCAAAGAGGACCAGAUUCAAAGUGCCAACAAAUGUCGUCUUCGCCUACAGGUGCCCGGGAGGCCAGACAAGUCAGGACGCCCUGUUAGUAUCAUGGUGGUCUUCAACACCCCCAAUCCUUUGAGUAAGAUUUCGUGGGUCAACCGCCUACACCUGGCCAAGAUUGCACUAAGAGAGGAAAAUACACCAGGCUGGUUCUGUGGGGAGGACGAAGGGAAGUCUAUGGCUCCAUUUUGGUGUCCGCUGCUGGCAUGUCGCAUGCCUGUCUUUGCCACCAAAUCACCAGACAGAAAGCUGGCAGCUGCCCUGCACAAUCCGGUUCAAUGUACUUUGUUGGGUUUCUCUGCAGCAAGUACCUCGUUACCUCAAGGCUACCUCUGGGUGGCUGGUGGAGGAGAUGGUCCUCAGGGCCAGCUAGAGAUAUUCUCCCUCAAUAGACAGAUUCCGCGAGCUGUGAAGAGCCUGCAGGUGGACUCUCCUAUCCAUUGUUUGGAAUAUGUGCCAGAGCCUUGUCCAGCUGAGGAUGGAGAAGGCGGGGCCCACAGGAGUCCCUCAGGGAAUGGCAACAUCAUUUGCGUUGGAUUAGACGAUGGAAGCAUUGUAGUAUACGGUAGUGUGGACACUGCAGCACAAUGCCUAUUGACCCUCCAUAACCCCAACCACUGCCCCGUGCUGUGCCUGAAGCACUCCCCUAGCUUCCUGUAUGCUGGCCUGCGGAAUGGGACCAUGAUGGUGUACAGCCGAAGUAAUGGAGGUGACCUGUGGGACCCAGACACCUACCGGUCUGUUAAUGUGGGUUCAGAACCAGUGCGGACCCUGUUGGUGCUGGAAGACACUGUGUGGGCGAGCUGUGGAAAUUCUGUCACUGUCAUUGACUGCUCUACCCUCUCCACUCAGAGGCAUGAAGUGCACCCGGAUCCCAUGGUGAGCGUUGCACAUAUGGUACGUGCAGGUGGAGGGGUAUGGAUGGCGUUUUCUGAGGGGUCCUCCAUUCGUCUUUUUCACACUGAAACGCUGGAGCAUCUUCAGGAAAUUAACAUCUCGACCCGUUCAAUGCUGCUGAAUCCUGGUCAGAAGAGCAUUCGAGUCACCAGUCUUCUCAUCUGCCAGGGACUGUUAUGGGUAGGGACUGCCCAGGGCAUCAUUAUUACACUCCCAGUGCCCAAGCUGGAAGGUAUCCCCAAAAUAACAGGUAAGGGGAUGACAUCGCUGAAUGCCCACUGUGGAUCUGUGGACUUUCUGGUGGCCACCUCGAGUACUUUGUCCCCUGAGCUGCUCAAGAGGGACUCCGUUGGGGAUGGUCGUGACUCAGCGUGCGGGGGUGAGGACCGCAGUGAUACUUCCUCUCAGGAAUCUCUGCAGCAAUCCCAUUCCUUCCAGGGAGAUGCAAGGGGAAAGGGACGAGGUGUUUUGCUGCAGUACAGGCUCCGCUCCACAUCAGGUUUGCCUGGACGGCCCUUAACAGCAUUGGGCGAUGAAGCAUCGGAUUCCUCCCUAGAGUCUCUAGAGCACAGCGUGGAAGAUGGAUCGAUUUACGAGCUCAGUGACGACCCAGAAAUGUGGGUGAGGGGGCGCACCUCCGAGAGGGACGGAGGACGCAGGGACAGGGUGACUUCUGCUGCAGUCGUCUCUGGCGGCAAGGGUUUCCGGCGACUAAGGGAAGGAGGGUCUUCAGGUACAAGGACAGGGGGGGACUGUUUAGAGAAUACUUUGAUGGUGUGGCAACUCCCAUUGACAGUGUGAUAUGAAAACUCUGUGGCAAUGUGGUGUACUGUUUGUUUGAAGAGGUCUGCUCAGCCUGGCAUCAAAUCAUUCAUUACAUGACUUCAAAGAAUAGAGCCAUCUAAUUAAAAAGGUGUUGGAAACUGUAAACAGCUCUGGGUGGAUAAAUUAGCCUGUGUGAUAAGGAAACUAACACCCGCAGUUUAAGAGCAGUAUUGCCAUCCCAUAGGCCCGUUUAAUUGUUGAGGAUUGUGUGUCACCAUCUUCACCCAGACUGACAUAACUAGCUGCAAAUUGCUUCCCUGUGACUGCUUUGAACCAUUUUCCCAACCUGCCUUAGUUAAGAUGGAUAUGCCCAAACUCAACCUCAUCAUUGCUGUCUGAAUUCUUGCACAUUUUACUUUUGUAAAGAAAUCCCAAGUGUGCACAAGCGGACCUCACUCCUUAAAGAGCAAGCCUUUGUUGAAUCUGCCAUGCUCUGCAGAGUUAGAGAUGGACCUCUUUUAUCUGAUCCUACGGGAGAGAUCCUAUCUGUUUAGAGCUAAAACAACGAACUACCAUAGCAUCACAAAGCCCAUUAGCAUUACUUUAUUAGUUUGACUAGUCUUUUUUUUUAA